AGUCGAACUGUAUAUAAGCUUAGCACCUACUGCCUCAGUUAUCACUUGGAUUUGUGGAAUAAGCAUGGAGCGACAGCUUGUCUUUUCUGCACUGUGUGCGCUUGUUUUGCUGGUGCUCGAUGCCAGCUGUCAGAAAAACUACACCAAGAGACUGCAAACGUAUGUGGACUCCUUUUCUUGCAAGAGUGAUUGUGUCUGCUCUACUCUGGAGGUGCCGUCCCUAGCAGGCGCAUGUGGUUUCUCUAACAACCCUUUCUUCAUGACGACAGUAGAGCGACUACUUGCGAAGCAGUGCGACCUGGUGGACCCCCUCUCAUGCCCUGCCGCUAGCAAUAGACUCACAGAACAGGAAGAAGUCGAUUUUGUCGUCAUUGGUGCUGGAACUGCUGGUUGUGUUGUGGCAAAUCGUCUUACGGAAGAGAAAGAUUGGAAGGUGGCACUUCUUGAAGCCGGGGGCCCUGAACCCAUUGGGACGCAGUACCCUGGCUCCUACUUCUCGUAUUCUAGACCGCCUCCGAACUCCACGAUCAACUGGAAUUUUGAGACGGAGCCCCAGCAGAAUGCCUGUCUGGGCAGGCCAGAAGGAAAGUGCUUGUGGCCAAGAGGACGAGUGAUGGGUGGAACCGGUGUGCUCAAUGGCAUGAUGUACAUGCGUGGCAAUCCUAAAGACUACGAUUACUGGGCAGAAGCUGGAAACACCGGCUGGGACUUCAAGUCGGUACUGCCGUACUUCCUGAAGUCAGAGGAUAAUCUACAAAUUGGUGAUGUGUAUAAAAAGGAAUAUCAUGGCACAGGUGGUUACCUCACCAUCAGCCAAUUCAACGACCACCCAAAGCUGGCAGAAGACAUUAUGAAAGCAGCAGCAGAACUCGGUUACCGUUCAAACGUUGAUCUGAACGGAGAGGAUCCCAUUGGCUACACGAUCGCCCAGGCAAAUAAUAGGGACGGCGCCAGGCUCAGCACCAACAAGGCUUUCAUCAGCCCAAUCCUGGACAGGAGUAAUCUCUUUGUCAGCACGGAAUCCAUGGUGACUAAGAUCAUUAUUAACAAACGCACAAAGAAAGUGAAAGGAGUAGAAUAUGUCAAAGACGGAGAACACAAGACGAUCAAAGUAAAAAAAGAGGUCAUUUUGAGCGCCGGAGCAGUGCAGUCUCCACAGAUCCUCAUGUUGUCUGGCAUCGGCCCGAAGAAACACCUCCACGAAGUUGGUGUUCCUGUAAUUCUGAACUCACCGUCUGUUGGAAAAAACCUAAUGAAUCACGUGUCAUACAGCGUAAAUUUCAUUGUAAAAAAUGCCUCUAACUUUGAGGAUCUUAACAUGGAUACCGUGACACAAUACCUCAACACCCGUAACGGACCAAUGUCGUCAACAGGCAUGUCACAGGUGACUGGUUUAAUUCGCUCCAAAUACGCGGAACCAGGUCUUCAGGACAUUCAGAUGUUUUUUGAAGGAUUCUUGGGCAACUGCUCUGAGACCGGGGAAAACACCGAGCCGCUCACUACAGGUCAAAGACGGUUUGUGACGUUCACCCCCACACUUCUGGUGCCCAGGAGUCGAGGCUACGUCAAACUACGUAACAAGAACGUUUACAGCCAUCCAAUCCUUGAACUCAACUACUUAUCCUACAAGAGCGAAAUCGACGUUCUGGUAGACGGCAUCAGGAAGGCAAUUGAGUUAUCAAAGACAAAUGCGUUGAAGCAGUACCAGCUUGAAUUGGACAGAACUCAUGUAAAAGGUUGUGAGAAAUAUACAUUCGACACUGACGAGUACUGGCAAUGUGCUGUAAGGUACAUGACCAACGCUGAGAACCACCAGUCAGGGACUUGCACCAUGGGUCCUUCUUCAAAAGAAGCUGUAGUUGACAGUACCCUCAAGGUUCAUGGUAUUACCGGCCUCCGCAUUAUCGAUUCCUCCAUCAUGCCCAACGUAACUCGCGGUAAUGUGAAUGGUCCCAUAAUCAUGAUUGCAGAGAAGGGCUCAGACCUGAUAAAAGCUUACUGGAAAGCAGAGCUGAAAAGCUUGCCUACAGAAGACAGCCUGAACCAUUUUUAACUAUAAUAUUGUAGUAUAUGACAUUUUGAUUAUAUAUAUUUUAUGAUCCUGUUUUAAAAUGAGAUGCUUAAAGAAAUUAUGUAUCUUCAUAAAUAAAUAAGUAAACAAAUAAAGACAUAUACACAAAAUUAA